UUAUCGGAAAAUGACGGAAUUUGUCGACUUUUUUUCUUUGGAUCGGGUGUGGUAUACGACUUGAACAUCCUUAGCAACUGAGACUCUUUUUCUUGGUAUACCUUUCGUUUAAUGGUAAAAGAUGUUAUUAAAUGAUCAGACAGAUGUCCCAAAUGAAGUUCCAAAGUUAAUACAGCCAAGAUGCCACAAAGCAAAAGUUUGUGUUUGGUCCGAUUUAACAGUGAACGAUGUGGACAGAAUAAAUGAAUCACUGAAUGCGGACCACAUCAAACAGGUGCUGGCGGAUGUGUUUAAUUUGGACGACCACAAAGAGAAUCUAAAAACCGGCAUUGUGAUGGACCUGUAUUUCUACACUCUUCAGUUUGCCAGAGACAACAACUUCACCAAGGAAAAAACAUCUGCUUUUUUUUCUAUUGUAAAGAAGACGCAUGAAGUGUGCAUAGAGACACCAUUUGGCAAUCUGGAUCAGACAUUUAACUACUUCAAAGAUCUUCUUCUUUGUCAUGCUGUCAAUAGGCCCCCUCACAGUAUCGAGUUAUUUACACCAGAUGAAAUCAGGAAAAUCACAGAAUACACUGUCAACACUUACUUCAGACAUUUCAAGAUGUAUAAAUAUGCCUUCACCCCACUGGUUCGACUUGACCUGACCUUAAAUUACACAGGAAUGCCAGAGACCCCUCCACCAUCUGAAGCGGGUGAAACUCCUGCAGAUGGCGACAUGGUUACAGAGGAGGCUGCAGAACCAGUCGAACCAGAGCCAGCUGAAGUACCACAACCAGAACCCAAAUCACCUGAACCAGAAGAAUCCAAAGCACGAAAAGAGCUGCGAGCAAUGGUUCAGAGUUACUUAACGGACGAAAUCAAGAAAAUGAAAUCAUCGGUCGAAGAACAGCUGAAAGUUACAGAAGAAUCCCUCAAUAAAAAAAUAGACGUUGCUGAGGGUGGAGGAAACAAAUCGGGGAAAGGGGGCAGGGGGUCCGCCAAGGGCAAGAAAAAGUAGUGGGGCAGGGGGUCUGUCGGGCAAGAAAAAGUAGUGGAGCUUGAGAUGUACAUUUAUAUUGACUGUUGAUGUUUUUUUCUAUAUGUGUUUGUCAUUGUAAAUAAAUAACACGAUUUA